CUCGCAGCGUACACAAAUUCGCUGCCUAGUGGGCGCGUUCUGGUUUGUCGCGUCGCGUCACUCGUUUAUUGUAUAAUGUAAAUGGAGGAGGAAUUGGAUCUGAAACUCUCACUUUUCUCCCCCCGACUCACCGACAAACAACGUGGGACGCUUGAAUUUGUUAUACCACACCACAGAGACUUUUGCACUGCUUUUUAUACACCGCCGCGUCACAAGUAAAUCUCGCGUUUCGCGGAGAUGGAAAAUAUGUGUAAACUACUGACAGCGGUGAAAAACAUUGCACUGUCAUCCGCGGUUGAGUACUCACAAAUGUCAUGCACUGUUCAAGAGCCUUUGCCUUCUGUGACAUUCAGCGGACUUAAUAACAACCAAUAUGAAGUACAGUCAGAGCGCGUUGCCUAUUCUAAAGGUCUUUUAAACUUGUUGAAAUCAUUGUAAACAUGGAAGAGGCAGGUGCUGGGAACGGUACUGGGACGCAGGGCUCUGAACUGGAGCGUUCUGGAGACGGAGGACUGGAUGAGGUGCAGAUGCAUCUCGCCUGCUUACCGGAGCGAUACAUGAGAGCCAAGUUUUCCCUCUCCGCGUACAUAUUUUGUUGGACAGUAGUAAAGUUGUGUCAGCGAUUAAGACCGUCGCCAGUUCUUCCCCAGGCCCCAGCUUUAGAGGACUCUGGGAGUGAGGCAGCCUGUCUGGAUGAUGGGGAGUUUCAGCAGGAGGAGCAUAGAGAGCAACAGGACCAUCAGGAAUGGUGUGAGCCGGUUCCUGAAGCAGCACAGGACACAAAAGAGGAAUAUUUUGACACACACUCAUGGCCCAGUGACACUUUCUCUGAAUCGAGUCAUGAAACUAAGGACUGCUGCAGGACACCGCUCAGCUAUGAGGUUGGAUCUUGCUCUGUGGGUCAUCUGGACUCACACUCUCCAUUUGUCAAACCGUCACCUUUGGUUAGAGGGAGAAAUCCCUCUUCAACAAAACAGCAUCAUUCUGUCAAUCAUGCUGACAGUCUCUGUAGAACAGUGGAUAGAGAGCAAUUGCAAAUACAGACUGGAAAUAUGGGGGUGAUGCACAUGGGAGUUGAUGGCACUGGAAUGUCUCAAGCUAAGGGUACUCUGGAAUGUGAGGAGGUUUUCAGCAAUUUUCCAGUGGAACCUGAAGUUGAUUCUUCUUCAAGGAAUGGCCAAUCCUAUGUAGUAACACCUCUACUGGCAUUAGAGAACUCUGUGAAACCGCAAACACUCACUGAGCCAUGUGCUAAUGACUCAUUAUUGACCUUAACAGACGGUGAUGGAGCCAAGUUUAAGUUUGCUGACACCUUUGAGGGAAAAUCAAAAUGGGAGCAAAUUAACAAAAAUAUCACGAGCACUCAGUCAGGACACAAUGAGCCGCAAAUAGAGUUCAUAACCUCAAGUGAGAAACAGUUACAGCAAAAUGAUAUUGACAGUAGUAACACUGAAAUACAGUUGAUUUCUAAUGCAUCUGUUGCGAAUAGUAAAGAUGCCGAAUGUAAUGAGCUGGGUGUUGAUGAAAAUAAGAUCAGUUUAUCUGUAUCACGUCAUCUUUUUGUAUAUGAGUCUGUAUCAGUUGAGAAGCCUAUUGAACAGAAGGUCGAGGAGUCAACAAAACACAGCCAUUCACAGCCCUCAGUAGAGCACAGCCAAUCACAGUCUUCAGUAGAGCACAGCAAAUCACAGGCCUCAGCAGAACAUAACCAAUCACAGGAUUCUGUAGAAUGCAGCCAAACACAUAACUCAGCAGAACACAGCAAAUUACAAGACUCAGCAGAACACAGCCAAUCACAGGCCUCAACAGAAGACAGGCCAUCACAAGAUUUUGUUGAACACAGCCGAUCACAGGACUCAGUAGAACACAGCCGAUCACAGGACUCAGUAGAACACAGCCAGUCACAGGACCCAGUAGAACAUAGUCUGUCACAAACCCAAGUAGAACACACCCAGUCACAGGAUUCUGUAGAAUGCAGCCGAUCACAGGACUCAGUAGAACACAGCCGAUCACAGGACUCAGUAGAACACAGCCAAUCACCGGACCCAGUAGAACAUAGUCUGUCUCAGACCCCAGUAGAACACAGCCAGUCUCAGCAUUCUGUAGAAUGCAGCCAAUCACAGAAUUCAGUAGAACACAGCCAAUCACAGGACCCAUUAGAACAUAGUCUGUCACAGACCCAAGUAGAACACACCCAGUCACAGGAUUCCGUAGAAUGCAGUCAAUUACAGAAUUCAGUAGAACACAGCCUGUCACAGCAUUCUGUAGAAUGUAGCCAAUCACAGGACCCAGUAGAACAUAGUCUGUCACAGACCCCAGUAGAACACAGGCAAUCACAAGACUCAAUAGAACACAGCCAGUCUCAGCAUUCUGUAGAAUGCAGCCAAUCACAGACCCCAGUAGAACACACCCAAUUGCAGGGUUCCGUAGAAUGCAGUCAAUUACAGAAUUCAGUAGAACACAGCCAGUCACAGAGCUCAGUAGAAGAUAUGCCAUCCCAAAAUUUCAUCAAACACAGCCAAUCACAGGACCCAGUAGAACAUAGCCAAUCAAAUAAUUUUGUAGAAUGCAGCCAAUCACAAGAUUCAGUAGAACUCACACAAUCACAGGACUCAGUAGAACACAGUCAACCACAUAUUUCAACAGAACACAGGCAAUUACAGAAUUCAGUAGAAUGUAGCCAAUCACAGGAUUCCGUACAUCACAGGAAAUCACAGGAUUUAGCUGAACAAAACCAAUCACAGAACUUCAUUGAGCACAACCAAUCACAAACGUCAAUGGAACACAGCCAAUCACAGUCCUCAGUAGAAGACACACAACCACAAAUUGAUUUCAUUAAGGCAAAAUCUACGAACACCCAGUGGACUGUGACUGAGUCAGACUCUGGUUUUAUUUCAAACACAGUGGCUUUUUAUGAAAAGGGACAAUUAAAACAGGACUGCGUGGACGUUUGGAUGGAACGUUUGCAUUGUGAAGUCAAUCCAUCCUUGAAAACUUCUGGAAGGCUUUCAUCAAAGGAUACUGACAAAGAACUCGAUUUGAACUUCGAAAAGAAUAACAGUCUAAAUUUAAAAAAACAGGACUUAAAUGACACCCCACCUGUUGUUUCUGAAUGUGAGUGUUUUGCAGCUGAGAGAGCUUUCUCAAAUGUGCCUAAUGCAACUUCUGCUGGAGUGUCAGACUCAUUGCAUCAGCGUGUGAUCAAUGAACGGACCUCAGAACAGUCAGAUCUGCAGGCCAGACCUCAUUAUGGUUACCAAAAUGCCCCAGUAUUACAAAUGCACACUAAAAAAAAGGAUUACUCAAUUAGUAGUUAUCACAUGGACAGUCAUUGUUUAGAGGACAGUGGGCAAACUUAUUCAGGGGAACAUGAGCCUGAGGCUGAUUUUUAUGAAACCCAUCAGUGCCCUAAUAGUAGAAUUAAUUGUAACACACAGGGUGAAUUCACUGAAGCACAAGUUUAUGUUAACACUAAAACUUUUGAUACCAAUGAUGGUGACGUUUUAAAAGGAACACAGAAGGAUAGCAAAACACAUCACAUUAUUAAAGGGUAUCAGAAAGAAUGUACAAUAGUUCCCUCAAUAGAGCAGUCAGUAAUUUACUCUGAUAGUUCGGGAUGCAUCGAAUACACUAGGCCCAAGUCAUUGAGUGUUACGUGUCCUGACAUGAAGACAGCUGGAGCCGAUGGGUGUCCUGUAGACAGUCCUGUCGAAUCUCUGGCUGGUCUGUUUGAGAUUUCGUAUGACAAAUCUCAAGUCAGCCCCACAGAUGAUUGCUUUGAGCUCAGUGAUGGCCUUCAUAUGAACUGCAAACAAGUAGCACAUUGCUUUAUAGAAUAUACAGAGACCUCCAAACAAUUUCGCCGACUCGACACCCUGUCUGACAAACAAGCAAGGCAAAAUGAGUCAAUUGAAACAAUUGAGCCGGAUGUUGAUGUUUGGUCUAGUGCAUGUACUGAUCCUUUCACAAAUGCUCAAUCUCCUUUUGAUUAUUUCCAGCUGAACAGUAGAAACAAUGAAUACAGCUCAGACACAAAUAAUAAUAUUAAAGCCAUUACUUUAGAAGAGUGUGCCUCAGGUGAACAGAUCUCUUUGCCCAAUUCUUUGCAAAAAUACAGCAGGGUUAACAGCAAUGCUGGAUCUUUAGUUUCAAAAGGUGGUGAUUGCAAAGACAGUGAGUCUUAUAGCGCCCCUGCUAGUCAGGCCACUCCCUUUAAAGCACCUGAAAUGAGGACUGCAAUGAAUGACGAAGAUAAUGUUGCUAAACCUUCUGAAUUUAAUGAAUGUAGCAGCUAUAGAAAUGUUAUAUUAAAGCAGCUCUGUGAUUGCUGUGGUGGAAAGGAUUGCCAGCUGCACUCGUCUGCACUGGAGGUAGAGCAGACAGCAGGAGGAUUUCAGCUCAAGGGCACAGACGGCAUCAGUCAAAGCAGAACUGCAGUGUUGCAAACCUUGAGUCCCACACACACAGAUGACCAGUACAGCACACAUGGAGAGGUUAAUGCAGACUCUACAAACUGUGAAUUUUCGCAUAUUGGCCAUUUGCUUGCACACAAACAUCCGGAGCUCAUCCAAGAGAAAAGCAUUUUACCACUGGUUGGUGGCUCUAUUAAGGUCGAUGAUACUUAUGCAUUAGAAAACAUGGAGAGAAAGCUUGAAACUUUCAUGGCAAACUCUCCUGAAAGCACUGAUUCAAUAUGUGAAACUUCUGAUCCUCUUUGUAAGCAAUCUUUGCAACUGCACAACUCGGAGAUCGAGGACGCAUUUGUUACAUGUUGCCAUAUUUUACCCAUCACUAAUUUAGAGGCCAUUUUGGAGUUGGACCGUUCUCCAGAAAGCUCAUUUGUGACUGAAAACGGACUGGAGGAGCAACAGAGAGGAAGUCCAUUAUCAGAAGUUGGAUUCAGUGAGGAAUGGAGCUCUUGUGAUGACGUCACAACCCGCCCACAUGCGGACGUUUCUGCCAUGUGGACAAAAGCCAGUGUAGCCACUGUCAUGAAUGAACCAGAUGCUGGAGAAACAAUGAGCUCUUUAUCAAAUGGAUUUGAUAGCAGUGAUGGUUAUAGUGUUUCCAGUUUUGUGUUACAAGACCUCGACUCAAGUACCAACAGCGAAGAGAUUGAGGACAGCACUCAGUCAUCAUCUAGUCUUCGUGGUUCUGCAAGAAAUAAGAGAACCCAAUCAGGGAAGGGCUCUGUGUUUUCAGUUUUUUCUCGAAUCCCCUCAUUCCGCAAGAUCAAAUGGGAACACAAAGGCAAUAACAAGGUUGAUCCAGAAAUUAAGGACUCCAACGAGGAUGGAGAUGAACGGAAUGAGGUGAAGUACAAUAGGUCUCUCACACGUAACAAAUCCAACCAUUCACUGUACAAGACCCCUAUUUCUCAUAGUACAGAUCAUCUUACAGACAUUUCAAAAUUAGUUGACCACUCCAACGAUGAUAUUUUUGAAGAAGCUUUUUCUUUGAACUUGCACAAUAGAGAGAAAUAUGCACAAUGUCAAAAUUUGUAUCAGCAGCAGCAACAGCACAAAGAUGGAGACAUACUGAAAUUUAGAGCUUCCCCAACGACAGAGGAACUGCAACAAAAGAGAAGCAAAAGUACAGACAACUUAAACUUACGCAUGAAGCUCGCAAUAGCUCACAAGUCUCUGUCUAGCCUGUUUGAGUCCAGAUAUCCCGAGAGGGACAACCAGGAGCAGAUUUCACAGUCAGAGAACGAAGAGGUAAAAACCAAGCAGUCCUGGAGGAAGAUGAAACGCUCUAAGGAAGCAGAACUUUACAAAAGAACUCUAUCGGUUCCUGGGACGACCUGUGACAAGUCCAUACAUCAGAGCCAUAUCGAUUGUGCCUUCUGUGCUCAUCAGAACAGGUCCAGACUUAACAGCUCACUAGCUUCUCAAAAGAGUUUGAUGAACCAGUGCCAUUCUGAUUCACAGAGUUUGAAAUCUGGACCUCAGUCUGAUGAUAGUAAAUGUCUGGAAGGUGGUGAGCUGCCUUGUGCCCCUUACUCAGAUUCUGAGGUCUCGGUAGAUGACUUUGAGGCCAAUGUUGAGGAUAGGUCACAAUCACCUGUACACCCCACUGUUUUUGCGCUCGCAAACCAGAUGUCACCUACCUGGACCAGAUCAUUAAGCUGUUUUGAGACCACUAAUACUCCGACGAGGCCCAUGAGCCCCAAACCUCACAGUCCUGGUCUGGGCUGGACACACCAGAGGAGCUUCCGUUACCCCUCGAGAUCUGUUGCAUCUUCUCUCUGCUCGCUCGGUCAGGGAGUAAGCACUGAUGGUCUCUCUGAUCCACCUCUGAGACCGACGUCUCUGAAGCCAAGGACAGCACAACUCACUACAGCCCACUCUUUUGAUUCUGAGUGCUUACUAGAGGACAGCAGUUCAGACAGCCAGUCUCAAAAUAGCCUGAAUUCAGCAUCCCUGAUCAACAAACCAGAGCAUGUAGAGCACAGUACUGAGCCAGCCAUCCAGUCAGAAGAGAGAAGACAACAAGGAAGUGCAUGUGUGCUUCGGCUGAAGUCCAGAGAGCAGGGUAAAGCUGCACCCAGACCCAUCUCAGACCUCUACGGUUGGACCGUGUCUCUUCAGGGCAUCAGAGUGGUGGCGCUUGACCUGGAGAGGAAGAACAAUUCGCCCGAAACACGUCGGCGCUCAUGCUCAUAUGAAACGUUGACUGAUGUGGAGAACAUCUGUAAAAAGAAGGUUAACACGCGGCAAAGUUUGCGUCAGCUUAGCACACCGACAUCUCAGAAGCACAAGAAAGUGCGUGCUAGACUUUCCCUCACUUCUCCAGAGCAGUUCCCCUCUGUUUCUCUCAAAGACCACUUCUUUUCCCAGAGCACACCUGUUGGACUGGACUUUUUGGGCUGGCCUCACCGUGCGUCAUUUUCAGAAUCGAAUCUCAGCACACCAGCACAAGAGGCACGUGUCGCCCCUCUGGCCUUGGUGAUAACUGAUGGACCGCAGGAUAAGUCUGGCCUUGCGGAUGAGGUGGGGAGUGAAGAUGACCUGUACAAUGAGUUUCGCAGCUCCUCCAACCGAUUCGGACACCCAGGAGGAGGAGGAGAGCAGCUGGCCAUAAAUGAGCUGAUCAGUGAUGGCAGUGUGUGUGCCGAGGCUCUAUGGGACCACGUCACCAUGGACGACCAGGAGCUGGGCUUCAAAGCUGGAGACGUCAUCGAAGUAGUGGACGCCACAAACAAGGAGUGGUGGUGGGGCCGGGUGCUGGACAGCGAGGGCUGGUUCCCCGCCAGCUUUGUUCGGUUACGGGUGAACCAAGAUGAGCCCAUGGAGGAAUACUUAGCCCAUCUGGACGGGGCCUCGGAAGGGGGUAGGGCCAGCAUGGGGGGCCCCUUAGGGCCCGGUCUGCCCUGCAAGGAGCAGAUGAGAGCCAACGUCAUCAAUGAGAUCAUGAACACAGAGAGGGAUUACAUCAAACACCUAAAGGACAUCUGUGAGGGCUAUAUAAAACAGUGUCGGAAGAGGACAGAUAUGUUUACAGAGGAACAACUGCGCACUAUCUUUGGGAACAUCGAUGAGCUCUACCGCUUCCAGAAGAAGUUCCUCAAAGCCUUGGAGAAGAAAUUUAACAAAGACCAUCCUCACCUCAGCGAGAUUGGCUCCUGCUUCUUAGAGCACCAAACAAACUUCCAGAUCUACUCCGAGUAUUGCAACAACCACCCCAAUGCCUGCGUGCAGCUCUCCAAACUGGUGAAGAUCAAGAAGUACGUGUUCUUCUUUGAGGCCUGUCGUCUGCUCCAGAAGAUGAUCGACAUUUCGUUGGAUGGUUUCUUGCUUACUCCUGUUCAGAAGAUCUGCAAGUAUCCUCUGCAGCUGGCUGAACUGCUGAAGUACACCAACCCGCAGCACAGAGAUUAUAAGGAUGUAGAAGCUGCCUUAAAUGCAAUGAAGAACGUGGCCAGACUGAUCAAUGAGAGAAAGAGGCGUCUGGAGAAUAUUGACAAAAUUGCUCAGUGGCAGAGCUCCAUAGAGGACUGGGAGGGUGAAGACAUCUUGAGCAGGAGCUCUGAUCUGAUUUUCUCAGGAGACCUGACCAAGAUCUCCCAGCCACAGGCCAAGGGCCAGCAGCGAAUGUUCUUUCUCUUUGACCACCAACUGGUUUUCUGUAAAAAGGAUCUGCUUCGUAGGGACAUCCUGUACUACAAGGGUCGGUUAGACAUGGAUCAGAUGCAAGUGGUGGAUGUAGAGGAUGGGAAGGAUAAGGACUUUACCGUGAGUGUGAAGAAUGGCUUGAAAUUAUGUUCUCCUGGGGGAGAGGAGGUCCAACUUCUGUGUGCCAAGAAACCCGAGCAGAAGCAGCGCUGGCUGCGAGCCUUUGCAGAUGAACGGGAACAGGUCCAGCAUGACCUCGAAACAGGUUUUACGAUCACAGAGGUCCAGAAGAAGCAGGCCAUGUUGAAUGCAUCUAAAAGUCAUCCAACAGGGAAGCCCAAAGCUGUGACCAGGCCCUACUAUGACUUCCUGCUGCGUCAGAAGCACCCAACGCUUCCCACCUCCCUGCCCCAGCAGCAGGUCAUCAUGUUGGCCGAACCCAAACGCAAGACCUCCAAUUUCUGGCACAAUAUCGGACGCUUGACACCGUUCAAAAAAUGAAAGACUCAGUACAUUUGCGGUUGUGCCUGAACUUGUGUUUUUAAUCCCAGUGUAACGUUUAUUUUUAUUGUCCUAUUGCGAAAGCACUUUAUGGGUUGGUUACAAUCACGGCAUCACUCCCAGACAUUGUGGAACCUCGUGGGAGGGCAUUCCUGCUCUGUUACUAUUAACGUUGAAAAAGACAGCUACUACUGCUCAACCGCUCCACUUUCCGGCACUAACAUGACUACUGCUGCAAGUCAUCGUACGGACACGCUUCAUCGAUAGAGCCCUGCUUGAAGAGAGGACUUCUUUAUAUGUUGGUUAAUUUAUUUUCAAGUUUUCAAUGUAUGCCAGCUAUCCACAGUGCCCAACUACUAGCUUUUGUAUGUAAUUUGAUACUUUUGUGUAACCCAUGAUGAUGUUUCAAGUUUCA